AUGUACCAGGAGGUAGCUUUCCUAGCGGGCAGCACUGAGCACCAGUUCACCACCUUCCACUUCAACCGUGUAGAGAACCCACAGGAGGUCACCUCCAAGAAAGGUCUGUUCUACAAGCGAGCGCAGCUCCUGCUCCACCCUCAGCCCCGCCAACAGGAUGGGGAUGAGAUUGGCCUGGCUGAUGGGGCAGCCAUUAUCAAUGUGGGGGGCAUCAAGUACCGCAUCCCCUGGUCAACGCUGGAGGAGUUUCCCUUAUCAAGGCUGGGCAAGCUGCGCAGCUGCAGCAACGAGGCCGAGAUCAUGGACGUGUGUGAUGACUACGACGGCAGCCGCAAUGAGUAUUUCUUUGACAGAAGUCCCUCGGCUUUCCGCACCAUUGUCACUUUCUUGGCGGCGGGGAAGCUGCGGCUUCUGAGGGAGAUGUGCGCCAUGUCCUUCCAGGAGGAACUGAUGUACUGGGGGGUGGAGGAGAACAACCUGGACUGGUGCUGCCUCAGGAAGCUGCGGCUCAGGCAGGAGGAGUACAAGGAGCAGCAGAGGCUGGAAGAGGAGGAGGCCGAGCUCACGUCGCCGCAGUCCUGCGAGGAGAGCCAGCAGCCUCCUGGUGCGGGGGCACAGGAGGAGACUCAUGUGGGGAGCUGCAUGCGGAGACUGAGGGACAUGGUGGAGAACCCCCACUCCGGCCUACCGGGGAAGAUCUUCGCCUGUCUGUCGGUGUUAUUCGUAGCCAUCACUGCCGUGACGCUGUGCGUCAGCACCAUGCCUGACAUCAGAGAGGAGGAAGAGAGGGGUGAGUGCUCCCAGAGGUGCCAUAACAUCUUCGUGCUGGAGACAGUGUGCGUUGCCUGGUUCUCCCUGGAGUUCCUGCUGCGAUUCAUCCAGACGCAGAGCAAAUGUAUGUUUCUGCGUACUCCUCUAAACGUCAUCGACGUCGUGGCCAUCCUCCCCUACUACAUCACCCUCAUCGUGGACUCUCUGUCGGUGGGAGGAAAACCUGUGGGCUCAGGGAACAACUACCUGGAGAAGGUGGGGUUAGUCCUCCGAGUCCUGCGAGCUCUACGGAUCUUUUACGUGAUGAGGUUGGCCCGGCAUUCCUUAGGCUUGCAGACGCUUGGUCUGACAGUGAGGAGGUGUACACGUGAGUUCGGCCUGUUGCUGCUCUUCCUGUGUGUGGCCAUGGCCCUCUUCUCCCCACUGGUGUUCCUGGCUGAGAGCGAAAUGGGCGCCAAGCAGGAGUUUACCAGCAUUCCCGGGAGCUACUGGUGGGCAGUCAUCUCCAUGACCACAGUGGGCUAUGGAGACAUGGUGCCAAGAAGCAUCCCUGGCCAGGUGGUGGCACUCAGCAGCAUCCUGAGCGGCAUCCUCCUCAUGGCCUUCCCUGUGACGUCCAUCUUUCACACCUUCUCUCGCUCCUACGUGGAGCUGAAGGAGGAGCAGAGCCGGGCGCUGAGGCAGAAGCCGGACUCGCAGGACAGCACCAAGUCCCAGAACAGCGAGGACUCUCAGGAGACGGACAGUUACCACGGCAUCACAGAGGCCACAGCCUCAACAGUGCAGAGGAGAAAGUCACUGGCUGCUCAGAGGGCUGCUGAGAUCAGAGCGUCCAUGCAAACUUAG